UCAGAAAUUGAAAGUGAAAAAGCCAGCGGAGCCAUCGGAUUAAGUUUGUUCUCAGUGCGUUUGCAGCUGAAGAUGAAGAUUAUCCUGGUGUUCGUGAUCCUCGCUCACAUUUCCCAGAAUGCCUCAGGGGUGGAGGUGGUUGUAUAUGAGGAGGAGGAGGAGUCUGUCCUGCUGCCCUGUCAGCGUCCUGCUCCUUUAUCUAAAGAUGAUGUCGUUGUUUGGAGACGUGAUGAUCUGAAUCCUGCAAUUGUUCACACUCUCAUCGAGGAACACAGUGACCUUAGAAACCAGAACCCUCGUUACACCAACAGAACAUCAGUCCAGAAGGAAGCCCUGCAGACCGGAGACCUGAGCCUCUUUUUGAGAAACCCUACAAUCUCUGACAGCGGAACCUACACCUGCACCACCCGCAGCUUCGGAGAGGACAGGACCACAACUGAAGUACAACUGAAGGUCAAAGGACCUCCUCCACGCUGGCCCAAAGUUCUUGCAGCUGUCCUAGUUUCCCUGGUUUUCCUUGUUAUUGCUGCUGGUGUCUUCCUGGGUCUUGUAUAUAAAAGGAUGAAGAAAACUGAAGGCUUCCAGGUCAAAAUAGUGAAAGUGACAGAGGGGGCAGAUUCUGUUGUUCUGCCCUUUGAAUCAAAAAAAUGCAGGCGUAAGGACGUCAGAGUGGAGUGGACACGUAUCCAAGACAAAGAAGUGAAGGUCAUCGUAUAUGAGCGGGGUCACGCUCAGCAUCAGAAAAAAGACAAAUUUUUCCGACGCCGCUCAUCGAUGAAGAAGGACCCGUGGGCUACAGGAGUCGCCAACCUGACUCUGAGAAACCUUUGCUUUGAUGAUGGAGGUGUUUACAUCUGCACCGUCUACAAGGAUGAAAAGGUUCUGGAAAAAAAAGUAGUGGUGCUCUUAGUCAAAGAGGGAUGGCUGAAAACCAUCAAAGGUUUAUUCCAGAGUGGCACAGAAAGCGGUGGCGCCUCCACUGCUCCAGGUUCUUCUCCUCUAACACAGCAACUCAGUUCACUGCAGAGUCUCUCUGACUUACCUUAAGCUUCUGCUUGAUUGUUGCUUUGAUCCAAAGAUCAACCGUUGAGUCCUCUGCUCAGCCUUUGUGCAUCCAUCACCCUCUGUGGACAGAAGUUAUUGUCUCACUGCGGCAUGAGCACUAUUCUUUGGACUGACUGUUUCCACUUAACAAGAACAACCCCUCACAGUAGCUUAUCUGAACCAUGGAUUUGCAUUUAUAGGCAAUAGCAUGACUAUGUGUGUGUGAAUAGAUAAAAAUGCUUAGAUACAGAUAAACACUGUAUGAAUGUAUGUGAUUGGGUGAGUGAGACUUGAGGGCUCAAACUGAGUCUAGAACGGUGCUCUUCGUAGGAAAUAUACAUGUACUGUAUGCACAGAAAGUCCAGAGGUUCAAGUUUUCCAGCAGCACUUGAACAGAGCACGUACAGUAUUUCAGAGUUGUAAAAACAAUAAAACUAGAUACUAAUCAAUGCUAAAAAAAUGGGAAUAGGUACUCACGCAGAUUGUAUCAAUACCAACAAUGCAUCAUCAUUAUGUGCACACAUAAUUCACCAAUCUGUAAGUGAAUGAAAUCUCACAAAUAUUUGUACACAUUUGUAUCCACAGGAAAUGUUCUGUUACAUUUAUCACAUGUGGUAAAGUGUAAAAUCUCUGUAAAUUACUCAUGUUUAUUCAGGUGGUGAUGC